AGAAAGAAAAGAUGUGUCUGAGAAUUUCUAGAACCAGCAUUAGUAGGUAGGAUCUAUAAAGCUUUAUGCGUUGUUAUAUAAUUUACCACCCCGAAAACUUUAAGCACAUAUAAACUAGUUUUAAGUUACAUAUUAAGGGGUUUACUCCGGCAAGUUAUGGUCGUCGUCUCCAUCUUCCUCCUCCAAAAGAUCAUUCCUUAAAUGGAAGAAACUAAACGAAACUCCGAUCUUCUCCGUUCUCGUGUCUUUCUCUCUGGCUUUUAUUGCUGGGACUGGGAAUUUCUCACUGCUCUCUUGCUCUUUAGUUGCUAAUACUUUGUUCCGUUCUUUUCUUUUCUUUUUCUGUGUAGAUUAUUUUUCUUAAGUUUUUUAAAAAAAAAAAAAUUCGCCGGAGAUGACGGCGGCGCAGAGAAGUGUUCCGGCGCCGUUUUUAAGCAAAACGUAUCAGCUAGUGGAUGAUCAUAGCACAGACGGCGUCGUUUCAUGGAACGAAGACGGAACAGCUUUCGUCGUUUGGGAAACAGCUGAGUUUGCUAAAGACCUUCUUCCUAAAUACUUCAAACAUAACAACUUCUCAAGCUUCAUUCGUCAGCUCAACACUUACGGAUUCCGGAAAACUGUACCGGACAAAUGGGAGUUCGCUAACGACCAUUUCCGGAGAGGACAAGAGGAUCUGCUGUCGGAGAUACGACGGCGUAAGGCAGUGAUCGCGGCGGCGGCAGAGCCAAACUCGGCGGGUGAUGAUGAUUCCAUGUCAUCACCCGGGUCGAAGAAUCCUGGUUCGGUGGAGAACAUGGUUGCUGAUCUAUCCGGAGAGAACGAGAAGCUGAAACGUGAGAACGACAGUUUAAGCUCGGAGCUCGCGGCGGCGAAGAGGCUGCGCGAUGAGCUGGUGACGUUCUUGACGGAUCAGCUGAAGGUAGGACCGGAACAGAUUGAUCAGAUGGUUAAAGGAGGGAAAUUCAAACCGACCGUAACCGAAUAUUGUUCGUCGGACGAAGUGAGUGACUGCGAAGGCUGCGGCGGAGACGGGGAGGAGAAGGAGGGGGCAGGUGAAGGAUUGAAAUUGUUUGGGGUAUGGGUGAAAGGAGAGAGAAAGAAGAGAGGCCGGGAUGAGAAAAACUUUGUCGUGGGUGGGUCCCAUAGGACGACGGAUAUAAAGAACGUGGACUUUCACGCGCCGUUGUGGAAAAGCAGCAAAGUUUGCAACUGAUAAAAGACGACUGCUACUAGAUACUGUCCGAACAAGCGUGUAACACGUGAAAUUUUAAAGUUUCCGUAAGGUGAAAAAUAAGAGACGUAACGUCGAAGUUUCAGAUUUUAGGAUUGGGUGUUUGUAUUUCAAUUUUCUCAACAUUCCUAAUGUAAAAAAGCAUGGGAUUUGAUUAGGUUCAAGGUCAUUACAAUUAUUGUUCUUAGUUGAAACUUUAGAGAGGAAAAGAAAACAUUUCUUGCUUUUUUUUAU